GGGAGCAAAAAGAAUCGUAAAGAAGAUCCGAUAUUAUCAAAAUAUAUUUAUAAAUCCCAAAACAGGAAGAGUGGAGAGUGUGUAUCACAAAAUUUGUACAAAAUAGAGAGGCGGGCAAAAUAGAGGGAAAAAGGGGGGGAGCGGUGGGGACCAAGCUCUUAUGUAGGCCAGUCCAUUCCGGCGCAAAGCUUGCUCAUCUCCUAACAAGCUGCAACAAGCUGCAGCCAUAGCAGCUCGCCAUUGUUUGCCUCCCCCAUAUCGGAUAUGAGACUUGCGGGUUUCAAAGCGUGGGCUGUGGCCCUGUGGGGAACUUCCAAGGUUGCGGCGGGGCGCCAAAACGAAGAGACCUGGGCAUUUAACGACGACCGCUGACGGCGCUGAGAGCUCGUAAACCGGAGUGCUAAAAGUGAAGAACAACGCGCCUUUUCGGACGAUAGUAGACGCUAGACUGAGUUCGCGAUGGGACGAGAAAUUUCUCAGAAUUCCAGUAGCUGGAGAGAAGGAGUUGAACCGCCAAUCGCCAGGUCAAGGGGGGACCCAACCCCACACUGAACCGCCGAAGAGCCCGCCUCUCCAUUGUGCAGGGUCCUUGUUGCCGAAGUUCUGCUCCGGCGAGAAACGGAGGCGUUCUCAUGAUCUUAAAAGUUGGAAGGCUCAAGCAACGAACAACAAAUCGCUGACUCUCACAUGAAUAAAACGCAAACGUGCGACCUUCUGUUUAAAGGAAGGGUGUUCAGCCCAUGCACAAUAUAUGAUGAUUAUUAUUAUUGCCAUGCUGGAUGCGGAUUAUGAAGCUCUAUGCAAUGAGACAAAAUUUCAUCCGGGUGUUUGGGUGCGAAUGCCGAGAGCCGGGCCUGUACCUGAAAUAUUUUUUUUGCCCUUUGAAUGCAUAGUACCGAGAUGUAAGUUAGUUGUUAUCUCUCAACAUACGCUGUAAGCAUAAAAACUGCCGCUGUUCAUAUUUGGAUCAUUAUUAUUGAUUUUGUGAGCCUGUUCGCCAUCUAAUAAACUUGCGGAAAAAAUCAAUAAUUCUAAAUGUUUGCAAGAGGGUCCAAGGGCGCAGGAAUUUGCCAAGCUGGUGAAAUUACCUCGGGCUGCGGCCGAUUGUUCUCCAGGAGGACGGUUGGUGGAUGGUGUUCGGUACCUAGGUACCUUGAUACCCCAAACAUGUAAGGAGAAUUAAGUUUUGUGUGGGCCACUGGAAUAAUUUUGCGUGCUGGUUUUCAGGCUGCUUCGUGGAUUACUGAUGAUUUGCCCUGGAAGCACCUCUUGAGACUCGCUAAUUCAGGUCAUGAUGCCUUGUGCUCUAGAAGCUUCAAUGUAAUAAGUACUGAGCAGUUUCUCAUAUGGUCUACUAAUUGCCCGAUCUUGGAAGUUCGCGGAAAGUUGAGAUCAUGGGGUAGCCAGAAUUUGAUUAUUUAUGGCCAAAGUAGUUUUUGCUUUCGGAGUUUUGCGUUUGUUCGGGCUUGCGCGGUCAGGUGGCCAAACUGUGGGACAAAACAGGUUGUUUCGUCCAACCUUGGCUCAGGAAAUCCUUGUUGUUGGACUCUCGAGUUGGGUUUUCGAGAUCGAGAUGCCUGCAAUGACCACACAAAAGUCCGGGGUCGGACGCUUAACUAGUUACUUCCUUUCAGCCCUAGAUUUUAACCAUUUGCCUGAAGGCUGAGACUGAGAAAACGAAGCGGCCAGCUUCGGGGUUCCCCAAUAUUCUGCGUCGGGCAUUCCUUUAUCGGCGGUCAUCCUCUCAAGCCAAUGUGGCACCCAUUCGGGCAAGUCUUCUGGGUUGUUCAUCUAGGCUAGGAAAACCUAAGCCAUCGUUAGCUACCGAAGAAGUUUUGGCUAGCCUGCUUUGGAGAUCCAUUGCUUCCCAUGCGACUGGCCAGCUCAAACCCUUCAAUUACGAGGGGUGAUACUGAUUAGUAAAGCGGGGGAGGGGCAGGAUUUUCAAUGAUAAGAGGAGCAUGGUCAGACUUGCAGAUUCGUUGGUAGCCGUCACUCCCUAUGCAAUGAAAGGAAAUAGUUAUUUAUAUCAGUUGGAUGCUAGAAUCCUGUUGUUUUGUUCGACGACGUACGUUGGUAACCUCGAAAUCCCCGUGAUCUGGCAUGCCCUAAUCGUCCGCGGUUAGUCCCGUAUGCUGGACUUGAUGGCCUUGUCUUCAACCUCAUCGGAAGACGACUCUCAAACUGUUGAAUUUGUGCUGUAGAGUUCGUGGGAUUUCCAAUGGUUCCGCCUCUCCUUUGCCCUGCCUCUAGCGCCUCCCGCCACGCGAUUGUUCCUUCUGGAACACUUAUUAGUUAAUGGAGCAACGAGCCAGGUAGCUCACUUUAUUCAUGGAGCUUGGGAUAGCUCCACAUUGCUUCGCCGCCGAAUACUUUCCGCCCCAAAGAUGGGGACGGGGACUUCAUUUUUUGUGCCCCAUUGUUAUCCCCCUUCUUGCUAUUUAUUUUAUUUUAUAUUUUUUAUUAUUUUAUUUUUAUUUUCAAAGACCUCGAAAAAAGGCUGUCAGUAUUCUCUUGGAUCUCCUUCCAUCGUUUUAAAAUUUAAGUUUACCAAUUCUGAUGAACACUGUAUAUACGCUUGGUACCUACCCGGAUGGUUCCCCGAUUCCACCAGGAGAUAAAAAGUUAAAAGUGGCUGCGGAAAGUCCUGCACUUUUCUGGUUGCUCUUCACUCAUGAUUGCUCAGGGGUGGGGUGAAUUCAACUUGGAGUUAUGACUCUAUCACACCAAGGAAGCACCUGAAGUCCUUGGUUCGUUAGAAUAUUUCUCUCGGAUUUUUUUUGGCGUCGAAAACCCCGUCUCGGAGAGCCACGUCCAAAUCGAAGAUGAGUCAAAUAAUUUCUGAGAAAGUAUCAGAAAGUGAUAAUUAGCCUUGACGUCAAUCUGAAGUUUUAGUCUGCCUGAACUCUGGCCAUCAAAAUCCCGGAGAGCAUUGCAAGCGUGCUUCGAAGUUUUCGGAAAUCUUCCGUUCAGGCCGUCUAACGGGCACGCUACCGCGAAAGACAACAGAGUUGUGCUGUCAGGUGAGCGACUUGUGUUCUUUUUUGCCUCUAUCGAGUCUACCAAACCAAAAAAAAACCUGUUUUGAAUAUAGCCCUAUCUAUUGGGCACGCCUGGACAAUGCGGGAUUGAAAUAACCAUCACCACCCCUGAGCGGACCCCGCGCGGCCUGACGGACUACCCGCCUGCUUGUUCUCCCUCUCCCUCGCAGAACGGCAUGCCGCUGAUCUAGACUCAUUGCUCAGCGCUCGCGCAGGUAAAUCCCAAGUGCUAAACAAACGAGCUUCCUCUCUUGGGAAUGUACACGAUUAGGACAUUUUUAGUUUAACUAACGAAAUGAUGACCAAUGCGUCAACAACCCUUACAUUACAUCACCUGUCUGCUAUUUUCUUUUUGUUCUUGGAAUGAGAGGGAUAAAAACCCACAGACUACGAGUAGAGCACACCAAUAUACUAAUACGAAUCCCGGGAGGGAUUCGCCGACAACUUUUGAUCAAGGCGGGAUAAGGCGAUAACUGCAGUCACAGUCAGUGAGUGAUAAAUAAAUAAUAAUAAAAUUUCUCAGAAUCGAAUCCUUGCGGGGAAGCCGGGGUUGGGUUGCGGAGACAGUCGGGAUAGCAGACUAGCUUGGCUGGGAAUAUCUCGGCCGAGGGCGCCCAGAAAGCAACCAUCCGAUAUCGGUUCGUUUGCCUCUAGGGUGAUAAUAAUAAUUAUUUUUUUCUCCUUGCGCUUCUUGCCGGGGCGUCCAUCAUGUGGGGCUUCCGCAAUCGUUUCCUUCCAUGCUGAUAUAAGACAGCAUAGCUAACUAACUAUACAAAAGGAUGUAGCCCGCCAGCUUUCAAUCUGUUACUUAGAUGUUGAUUCCCAGCACAAUUGCCGUGAUAAUUAACCAACGGCUUAGAUCAUGUUAUUUACACACAGUCCGGGGUCAUUUGUAACGGAUGUGACAUCGCAGACCACUAGCAUGCGACAUAUAUCUACAAUCUUCACAUACUACUUCGAGGAGCCAUCCUAGUUUACAACCUGAUGGAAGGGAGAGCCAAUAUCCUCAGUCAUCACGCGCUCCAUACAACCUCUGCCUCGUUCAAGUGGUGGUCCCAAAUUAGCGAGUAGAAAUCCGUUGUGCAGAUUUACGGGACAGAGAUGUUUACGUGCCAUGAAACUUAUACCACAGGGGGAACAGCAUAAAAAACUUUUUCAAUCUUGAAAUAGGGGUAUCAGUUACUAAUUGGUACCUUGAGCAGAACAGUAAUAUAACAAACACCCAGAGCUGGAGGGGGAGUUGCAACAAAGAUACCAACUUCUCUAGCCUGAUCCAUUUCCUCUAGAACAUCCUCCACACUUCGAAGAAGAAUAAGCCAUCUAUAGCAAAAUCUUCCUCCCAGCCUCCAGCUCACCUAUUUCCUUACGCAAUUGAGCGCGUUUCCGUCUCAAUUUGGGAUCUUCUCCAGCGAUUUCACUAAGUUGUUCUGCGGACAGGCUUUGGACAAAGGCUGGGGAGAAUUGCUUGAGGGGUGUCUGUCGACCAGCGAUGAGAUGGUAAUCUACCGCUUGCAUGCACACGCUGUCCACGAAGCGUUUCCGAGCUACUCUAUAGUACGAUUUCAAGAUAUCAUGGAGAUCGCGGACGGUAUGCUCGAGGUUACUCAUAUGGUUCUGAUGCACGAUAUCCUGGAGUCGGACGACUGUUCCGUGAGCACGGUCGCUAAUUGCAUGUUUUUGCAUCGCGGUCUCUAUCCGUUUCUGGCGGCUGCAAACAAUGUCAAGACCGCUGGUAUAUCUCAACAAGCGGAUCCAUCAGAAGGGACAGUAAACGUUCACGGACCGGCCGAUCUUUGCAAACCGAUUCCAGUACUUUUAGGAUAAACGAGUGGACUGCACAUAUCAUGUCGCUGACGUAACCGAGCGCAAGAAUUUCCCAGUUGACGGAUUGUUUCUUUACGAUCGGCGACAGAACUGACGGGUUAAAUGUGCCAAUUUCGAAACCACGGCUAUUGCGGAAUGUAUCUCUCAGCCAUGUCAAAAUGUGUGUUUGGAAAGCAUGCUGAACAGUUGUUGGGGGCGUAAGAAUGUCUUCAAGGCCCUCAGGGUCUUUUAUAGACCUACUCGUCGGACCCUGGUUUCCCUCUUCGCGAGCAUCUUCGCCUCCAGAUUCACAUUGAUCCCCAUCGAUCACCUCCCCGGAUUCAUCUUCUCCAUCCGCACUGGAAACAAAGGCAUAUCGAUGUCCCCAAUGCUCCAUGUCCUCAGAAAACCUGUCAUUUCUGUUCACCAAAAUAGUGGGAAGCUUUGUGGACGGCUCUCGAUCGAAUAUAUCAUUGCCACCGUAAUCGGAAGCCAAUGCGAGAAAUGAUAUGUGCUGAACCUUGGUGAUUAUGUCAAGAAGAUACUUUCGUUGGCUGUCUGUAGAGUCCCUCUCUGGGCCUAGGGACGCUAGCGCGUCUUUCUUGCGAGCAAGAGCUUUGCUGAUCUCGGACUUCACCUACUCGAAGUUAUAUCAGUAGUAGACCCUUUAUUUAGUUAUUUAGACUAGUGAAAACUGACAUGGGGAAAUUCCCGGCGGAUAUGCGAGGUAAGAAUCUCCUGGAGCCGCGUGCGCAACGAAUUGAUUCCAACUUUAUCCUCAUCAAUCGUGUUCCAGGGAGAUGUCGACCUGAAGAAACUUUCUUCAGCCUUGUCGCGAUCCUGUGUGCCGUCGUCGAGAUCCUGUUGGCCCUGAUUUCGUACUAAACUCCAUCCCAUCUUCCAACUCGAUUCCUUUUCCAACAGAUGAAUCACUUUUUUUUCGGCGCCCUUGUCAACAAGGUCUGGCUUCGUGAGUACACCGAUUGUUCGUUCCCCGUGAGCAUCGACCUCUUUUGCCAUCUCUAGAAUCUCCUGGGUUGCGAUAUCGACAUUUGCAGGCACGAUUACCAACAUCACACUUCGCGGGUUCUUCAUGUAUUCUUGCACCAUGUUUCUGACAAGUUGGAUAUCCUCUUUCGUAGUUAAGCCGGAUGUAGUAUUUUUGAAUAUACCUGGAACGUCGAUUAUGCUUAGGUGAUCUUCAUCGGGACCGCAGACCUCCAGCCUAAGAACAUCGGUUGAAAAUGUCUUACCAGAUGUGUCCAGUGAAUCGCUUAACCCCAUGACCCCGUUUACCUAUUAAUGUUAUCCAAUCAGUCGGCAAUAGUUCAGAGUGCACAUGGCAAAAGCGAACUCACUUUAGCCAUGAUGUUCGCGAAAGAAGGCCGGUUCAGUUCUGGAAGAUCGACAAUUCCCCAGGAACGGACAUGUUCGGCAUGUUCAAGGUUCGCAUCUGCACCAGGUAUAAUCGACACAGUAAUUCUCUUCUCCUCCGCCCUCCGAAAGGUGAUUUGAGUUGCGAAUCUUGUGCAGAGGCCACUGUCGCGAGGAAAUGGUAACUUUGUCAGGCCUUCAAGAACCGAGCUUUUACCAGACGAUUGAUCUCCAACGACAACUAGUUGAGGCAGAGCAAUAUGGCUCCCCACAUUACAAGCAAACAGUUUAUCAAUUUUGUCCAGCAGCGUAGGGUCGGAGAGCUUAUGGUAGGCGCCGGAUUCCGACUCCAUUCUGACGGAUAACAAAGUCCAAGGCUUCAGUCUCUGGAUACUAGAUUGAUGUAGCAGGCCUGGGGGAAAAGGUGGUAUAUAUAGACAAAUUCAUGUCUUCCAGAUCCCAUAGAGUCCAAUAAACUGGUCUAGAGGAAUUCCGGGCAAAGUCCACUGGAUGCUUCUGAGGAUCACCACAGCUGAGAAUGAAUAGCUGUUGAUAUUGAUGAUAAAGAAAUAUCUGUGAUCCUUCUUAUGCAGCAGCUGUAGCAUCCCAUUUAUUGGACUUUAUCAAAGGAAUCAUUUGCAUCUGUAACUUGGCCAUCUCACUGGAGGGAGGUGAAUUGUCAUGUACCAGCGGAAAUUGGCUGGGUCAUAAGAAAUGUCUAAAGGAGAUGCCAUCUGUUGACAUAACAGCUUCAGCCAUGCAGUAAUGCACUUUCAUGCUUCACUCAUUGAAGGCAAGCAACAAAAAGGAGUGCAAUUCAUUAGUGUAAAUUGCAAUUGCCCAGCAUCUAUUGCAGGGAUUGACCCAACUCUUUGGCAGUUUCAUUGUGCCCAUCUCCAUGGACAGCUCCAAACAGUCUGGUCCAAAGUUUAGACAGUACAUUUUUUAGCGAGCCAACAUAGUCAAAGACAGUCAUGACAGCAGAUAGAGCCUUUCUUGGUUGCAGGGUGGUGUCUGCAUGGAUGAAACAAAGAACAAAGAGAGGUAGGUAGGGUAGGUUGUGGUUGAUAUCUUUGGCGCCAACUAGCGCCAUAUCAACAGUCCGGGUGUCCACGAUCGGUAUUUCUGCUGCCUAGCCGCUAAUCUUGAGUUGUAUGCCACCUCGUACGGAGUUCACGCUCAGUUCGAAACAUCAACUAUCUAGACUGGGUAGAGAAGGUCUGUAUAGGAUGUUCUCUUCUCUCGAUAAUUACUGAAGCCUGGCCGAAUGGCUAAAAAUAUGUGGCUUUUCCUUGCAUGACUAUGACGUUUGUUUGCCCGACUGUCACGCAGAAUGAACACGAGCAUGAUAUUGAUUCCAUCUCAGGCAGCAAAAUUAACAGUAGGAUAUGGAAGAAUGCGGCGGCUAUAUAUACCAUCAUCUGUUCAGGGCAGCAUCUUCCCAAUGCGCCCGCUGAAUUUCGGGUCUCAACGAUAGUCUAUCCAGUGUAUUCAUCGCCUACUUCUCCAUUUCGCUAUCAAAAAUGAAAAUCGCCAUCAUCGGCGCAGGCAUUGGCGGAUGCGCCGCCUAUCUCUCCUUGAAGAAGCGCCUCCCAAAGCCCCCGUCCCCAUCUCAGGACCAUGAAUACACCAUCUAUGAAGCCUACGCUACCCCCCGGGACUUCGAAUCCCCCCAUCCGCUAGGAGAGACCCAUUCUGCCUCCCUCGUUGUGGGCGGAGGUCUUGGCGUGGGUCCCAACGGACUCAGGGUCCUCCAACGGCUGGAUGAAGAACUCUUCCACGACGUUGUACGGGCCGGGUAUCCCUAUGGCACCCUGAAGUUUAUGAACUCGUAUGGCUGGACGCUGAUGCGGAUGUCUACUCGUGGCGGUUCUGACCCGGAGAUUAAUUCCGUUUCCAUGAGCAGACAUGCGAUUUGGAAGACUCUACGGAGUCGCAUUCCGGAUGGCGUUCUUGUCAAUAAGCGUGUUACGGAGGUUGUGGCUAAUGCGGAUGGACGAAAUAUCAUCAAGUUUGCGGAUGGGAGUCCAGAUGUAGAGGUCGACCUUGUAAUCGGCGCGGAUGGCUUGAAAAGCGUGGCAAAGAAGGCACUGUUUCCCGCGGAAGGGCAGGAUCUGUACCCCCCACAUUAUCAAGGCAUAGUUGGUAUCGGUGGCUUCGUGCCCCUAGCCGACAUCAGCUCACACGUCGAAGCAGGCGCCAUGAAUAUUGUGUUUGGAGGGAACGGGUUCUUUGGCUACUCUCCCUCAGACACAGAUGCUGAAGUCCCUAACCGACACAUACCACAGGGAGUCUUGCCUCCUGGAAAGACCGUUAUGUGGUGGUCUAGCUAUGCCAUUGACGACUGUCCCAAUCCCGAAACCAUCAAUAAAGAAGCCGUAAAACAGGACCUGCAGAAACGACAUGGCGACUGGCGAAAUCCUGUAAUCCAGAAGAUCAUCAACAGCGUCGAAGUCGAAACAAUGUACCCGGUGUGGACAACCCCUGAAUUGCCAACAUGGGAGCGUAACGGGGUUGUGCUGAUUGGAGACGCGGCGCACACCUUACCCCCGACUUCAGGUCAGGGAACAUCGCAGGCACUGGAGGAUGUAGAGUGUUUCUCGAUGUUCUUGGCCUAUUAUUUGAGCCAAGGAUACGACCUUAAAUCUCCAACGGAGACGGAGGCGUUGGCGGAAAAGGCUGCUAUUUCGCAGACUUCGAAAAAAUAUAUGGAAAUCCGCCAGCCGCGGGUUAAGGAUAUUCUCAACAAGGCGAAACGGAUGGAGAAUAAGAAGAGAAACUUGACUAUUUUUGAAGAAUGGAUCUUGUACAUAGUACUUUUUAUCGUUGGCUGCAUGCCAACUCUACCUUGGUCGAAAAACUUGUUUGCUUAUGACGUUGCGGAAGAUGUGAACCGUGUCAUCCAGUCAGAGAAACAAAAGAAGCCGGAAAAAGGCAAGAUGUAGGACUAUCCAUGGAUAUUCAGCGCUUCUCGUGGAUUAGAUCAGCACCACCACCGUAAUUUUAUCUUUAAUGCUCCUCCCUGUUUCCCUUCUCUGAUCUAUCCAUUAUUUGACCCUUCUCCACUCACAUACAUCGUCAAAUGUCCUAGCACAUCUCUAUUUAAUUACAUUAUACCCUUUUGAAUUUUUCUAAUUUCAUUUUGAACACCCCCUAUCCUGCACUUUUUGAAAAAUCAAAAAUGUACUUGCAAGUAGCAAUCCAAAUGGUAAAAAUGAAUAUUCACGAUGCUCCACCUCUCUCUCUCUCACAAUGUGCAAAAGAAAACAAUAACAAGAAUGAAAAUACCUCUGAUACCCGUUAUUUCCCGCUGUAGUCAAUUACACUACAUAGCAUAAAACCAUCGACCUGCAAUCCUCGACGAAAACCAUAUACAUCACAUCCCGCGACAUGGGAAUGAGGCAAUCAUUGAACAAGAAAUCAGAAUGAAAAGAAAAGCAAAGCAAAGCAAUGAAAACAUUCAUUGUACCAUCUCUUUCUCUCUGGUCAGAUCAUACAUCUACAUAAACAGACCAAGUAAAACAUCACAACAUUCAUCAGCAUUUCUCAUUAAAACAAAGAAAAUCAUAAAACAUAAACAAGGGCAUAAAGAUAAACAUAGAAAUAAUAUAUAAGGGGAAAUGAAAAUGAGAAAAGAAACGAUGAAAACUCCCAACAGGAUCCACCUCCCUGCCAUCUACAUCCACUCCAUUUCCCCAUCCACACAGCAGCUCUGUAAAAAAGAAAAAGAAAAG